AUGGCGCACCCGAAAGGCUCUCGCUCCAAGGCGACGUCUGACCCGCCUGCUUCUUCUGACACGCUUCCUCCUGCUCUGGACAAGUCGUUGGGAGGAAAUGGUGAAGUCACUGAGUCGACAACUGUUGACAAUGCUGCUGCUGGUGGUUCCGGCUUAUCUGUGGAAGACAAGGCAAAGGACAACGCGACACAAGGAAAGCCGGCGGUUAUCAUUGAUGAGGAUGGAUUCAUUGAUGAGGACUCUGACGACGACAUGGAGAUUAAUCUGGAAGAAGAAGCUGCAACCAGGCUGCGUACCACCAUUAUCCUGCUUCUUCCUUUUAUUCUUGCUCAAGAGGUUGCCUGUGUUAUCGAUGCUAGGAAGGCGCUGCUGGAUGAAAAGGAAGGGCAACUCAAAGAGUAUCAGGCGACGAGAAGAGAUCGGCGUCACCUGAUGGCUGACCUGGAUGCGGAAAUGUCGGGGGAGAUUUCCGGGAAGCAGCUCUCGAGGCAGUUGAAGGCGAGGAGAAGCCGCACGCAGAUUCUGGAACUGAAUGUCGCGGGAGGUCCGGUCGCUGACUCAAAACGUAUUCUCUCGGCGGCCUCAGACUUCUUCAGGGCGAUUUUCGGUGCGGAUCGAAGAACAGACUUCAGUGAUUGGUCCCCAAUACCGGAACGUUACCUCGGUAGUGCGGAAGCUGGGGGGCUGGAAGCGGAUUGGACAGAGGAAGAAGUCAAAGCGGCUUUCAAAGACAUGGCGAAAAACAAAUCGCCGGGGCUGGACGGGUUACCGAAGGAGCUUUUUGAAAACAACUGGGAUCUGCUGGGGGGAAGUUUCAUGUCGCUGGUCAAGGACUUCACUGCGACUGCAAAGCUUCCCGCUGAAACGAAAGGGGCGGUGACAAUUCUUCUGCACAAGAAGGGGGACAAGAAUCAGCUAGGAAAUUACCGUCCUAUCACUCUGCUCAAUUUCACCUACAAAAUUCUGGCGAAAGUGCUGGCGGACAGAUUGAAAAAGGUGCUGCACAACGUGAUCUCACCUGAGCAAUACGGUUUCAUACCCGGACGCAAGCUCACUGACGCAGUUGCUCUGGUUGCCGAUAUCAUUGAUGCGGCGAAAAAUGGAAACAAGGACUGGCAUCUGCUGCUCGUUGACUUUCAAAAGGCGUUCGACUCGGUCUCAAGGAGUUUCAUCUUCCAAGUCCUGAGGAAGAUGGGCCUCCCAAACCGUUUCGUUGGCUGGGUUGAAGGGCUGCACGCACAGACGACGACGCGGAUGUUAAUCAACGGAUGGCUGGGAGGAGGGAUUGACGUGGAAUCGGGUGUGAGGCAAGGUUGCCCGCUAGCACCUUACCUCUUCCUGUGUGCGGUCGAGCCGUUGGUGCAAGAAGUGGAGAGGAAGCAGUUGGGGUUGUGCGACACUGCAUCAGGGAAACGCUUGUCGUACCUGGGGUAUGCUGACGACACCACCCUGAUCCUGGAGGGAAAGCAGCAGAUCAAGGAGGCCGAGGAGGUGUUAGAGGAGUUUGAGAAGAAAUCAGGGCUGGCAACCAACAAAGAGAAAUCGGUGGUGCUGCCGUUGGGAGCGAACCUGGGUAUGCCGUCAGAGGGUUCCUUCAAAUGGGCCGGGCCGAAGGAUGCAGAACGCCUCCUGGGAGUGUGGGUCACGCCGGACGGCAGUUGCCUGCCAACAUGGGAAAAGACGCUUGGGGGAGUAACAAAGAAGCUGACGGGUUGGCGGCAAAAAUACCUCACAGAAAAGGCGCGGACGGCGGUGUCAAAUUGCUACAUCUCGCCAAUGGUCGCUUUUCAAGCGCAGGUGUAUCCUCCCCCAAAGGAAAUAUGGGCCGAGACGGAGAGGCUUCUGCACAAUUUUGUCUCUGGGAAUAAAGCUACCCCAGCGAAAGACCUUGUGUUGUGGAGCAAGGAGCUGCUCUACACGCCACGGAAAGGGGGGGGUCUUGGAGUUCAAGAUCCCAACGUCCUGUUGGCGUGUUUAUCGGCCAGAAGAGUGGGGCUGCUGAUGACGGAAGCCGAUGAGCUCAAACGGGAGCUGAUGCUGAAGGCAGCAGAUCUUCCGCUUGGGCUUGACACCUUCACAUCGCACGACAAGCUCCUGAAGAAUUGGGAAGGGAGGAGUCAGCGCUGGAAACAAACAUGUGAAGCUUUCAUGAAGUCGCCCCUCAGUGAACGGACGGUGCCACUUACAAGAGAGGCGGUGGGGCAAGAGAGGCUGGUUUUCAACAGGAAAAUUCUAGUCGGGGUGGUUGCGCCGGUGGGAGGACAGAAACACGCGAAGGCGUUGUGGGAAACCCGGCUAGGUGAUCUGGUGAAGCAGUUACCUGAUGGAAGCUGGGCGAAAAAAUCCAUGGAGGAGCUGACAGAGGAGCUGGGGGACAAAGGUCCGGCUAGGCUGGCGCUGAAAGCUCUCGAGAUGGCCCCAACAGAAUGGAAGGAGACUCUGCUGACCCCUGGCGAGUGCUCGGCUGGCUCGGUGCCUACAGCAGCGCAAAAGCUUCCGCAAGUCCCCUUGUUCGAGGACGGGAAGAAGUUCAGAACGCGCCGAGUGCUGAGGCGGAUUAUUUUCGCGUUCAGGCUGCAUGUGAGGGUUUACAUCAAGGCGAGGGACGUGACGUGUCGAAAAAGGAAGAGAGCUGGUCAUAAGGACAAAAUACAACGGUGGAUGGCGGAAGAGCAAAAGCUGCUGGACCGGAUUAAGACAGCUGGAGAUAAGAAGCUGACGUGGGUCAGGUCCUUUGAGACAAUUUGGACCAACCCACGCAUGAUUCAUCACCCUCCUUAG